AAAAAAAAAUAAUACAUAAAAAUACACUACACAGUUACACAAUUUAUUGUAAUUACUUUUGGGAAUUAUUGCAAUUUGCGGUUUUUCCACAACUUACAUUCCACAAUACACUAUCCUUCACGGCUUAGAAAUGAAAUUAAACAGGGCAUGCGCUGCAGAGCCGGGCCACAAGGAGUACAAAAGAUUUCACAUAGGGUUUCGGCCUGUGGUAAUAUCGGCCGAACGCUACAAUGGUAUUGUGGACAGAUCGAACCAGAAGGAAAAGCAGGAGAUGCUGGAGGCGAUUGAGGAGGAGCAACGGUACAAGCAAUACCUCAAAGAUGGUAACGAUGCCUUGUUGAAGCGCUUCAAAAACUUGGCCGAUACGCAGGGCGAGGACGAUGACCAACGUCAGGCUACCAGAGAUAAGGCCCUGGCUGAAGUGGCAAAAGAUCAACAGGCACAGAAGCUGCUGGAACAGAUGCGCAAGGAGCGCAUCAUGCGUGCCAAUCGAAUUUUGAACUACUUGAAGCCAGGUCCGCGUGCUCUCCACCAGGCUGUGCUCAACAGCGAAAUGAUUUACCAACGCGAUUACAAUCAAGCGCUCAAGUGUGAAUUUGCCGAGGAUGCUCGACGCCAGCAGCAACUGGACGAGAAGCAGUGUCCGGAAUUUUUGAUACCAUUUGGCCAUGUGACUGAGGAGCAGGAGAAGGCACAGCAGGUCACCAAGGCGAACGACAUGCGCGCUUAUUACUUGAAGGACCUCGAAGCAAGACGUCUGCGCAGACAGGCUAGGAAGGAGCACGAGGUAUUAGAUAGCAUUGUACAGCGCGAAAAGUACAGGUGCAUGCAGGAGCAGGAAGAGAAAGCCGCUAAGGCGUUGGCAGAAAAGAAGCGCGAGUUUUGCCGAAGUGCCUAUCGUGAGGCUCUCAAGGAAAAGGCCGAGAAAGCCAAGUUCGAGAGCAUGUGUGACAAUAUCGAGGACCGAAUUAUCUGCGUCGAUAAGACAACACAGCGAAAUAUGGAUGUACGCUUCAACAAGCAAACGAAGGAUAUGCGCCAGAGCCGCAUCCGUCAGCUGGAGGCACACGCUGUGCAGCUCUGCCAGAACCAGCAGGCCACAAAACGUCAGCUGCAACACAUGCAGGAUAAAGCUGUGGAUCGGAAUGAUGACGAAAUACGCAUGGAUGAGCUACGGCGGCAAUGUGAGAUCAAGAAGCUGUCGGAGCAGCGCCGGCAGUACGAGCUGGAGAGUCAAAAACAGCAGCAAGAGAAAGAUGAACGCCUUGCAGAGAUUCGUCGUUACCAGAUCGCUACACGAUUCAAGAACGAAGAGGCAAAUAGAAAGUUUGCGACUGUCGCCAAGAAGCAACAGGAUAAGGUUACCGCCGAUCUGCGCGAUAUACUGUGCGGCCAGCGCAAGGAAUUCCUGGAUCAGCGUCAAGAGGAGCUAAUGCGGAUUACUGCUUGCGAUGAAGAUCCCCAUCUGAAGGAAGACGUUCUCUUCUUCGAGGGAGCAGUCAAGUCAAUGGAGGAUUCGAAAUCCAUCGGUCGGCCCUUGUAUCCGAUUGCCAAAGCUGUCGAGGAAUACCGCCGGGAGAACCAUCUGGACAUGGUGCCCGAGGGUCAAAUGGUGCGUAGAAGCAAGUUACGCGACGCUUGCUGGCCAGGCUACUACUCCAAGGCGGAGCUGGCCUACAGAAAGUACGAGCAUCGCGAGGGGUGCCGACGCGAACAGGAGAAGGAGCGCCACUCUAUUUUUAACAAUUGCAUCAAGAUCACCAAAAUGGCAUCCGAGGAGCGACCGUAUAAGCGCUGCACCAUCGAGUGUCCCAUGCACUGCUUCCAGCACCGCGGCAUGCCCACCAUGGACAGCGUCCAUUCCAUGGAUAUGCCUGGAUUUAUCUGCUACGAGAUGGAACUGCCACCUGCCAAGUGUCCAAGCAUUAAGGAGAUUGCGACGCCGUGCAGAGAUUGUCCACCAAGUGAUGGCGCUUGCCUUUGUCCAAGUAUUAUGCAGGUAAUGAAGCCAGGCGAGGAAUAUCCUCCCAGCGAGCCAAAGGCGCCCAGCGAGCGAAGGUCGCCCAGUCUGAAUUACACAUCCGAAACAGAGAAAAAGGCAGCUGAGUCCACUCUAGCCAAAGCUGAAUCAACACUAUCCAAAUUUAGUUCUAAAAGAGUUACGGCUGGCAAAGAAUCCACAACAGCCAAGUACAGUAUUAAUUCAGGAUCUACAAAACGCAGCGCUCGAAAGCCAGAUCUGAGACGUUAUUCGUCCGCAAAGCCUUUAGCUCAAACCAAUGCUGAAAAUUUACCUUCCGUCAGCAAAAUAGAUCUGACACGCCCCGUCAAGUCGUGUCCGGAAACCAAUUGCUCUCUUCCAAGUGUUAUGCAGGUGAUGAAGCCAGGCGAAGAAUAUCCUCCCAGCGAGCCAAAGGCGCCCAGCGAGCCAAUGCCGCCCAGCGAGCCAAGGGCGCCCAGUCCGAAAUUCACAUCCGAAGCAGAGAAAAAGGCAGCCAAAACUGAAUCAACACUAUCAAAAUUUAGUUCUAAGAAAGUUGCGGCUGGCAAAGAGUCCACAACAGCCAAAUACAGUAUUAAUUCAGGAUCUACAAAACGCAGCGCUCGAAAGCCGGAUCUGACACGUUAUUGGACCGCAAAGCCUUUAGCUCAAGCCAAAGCUGAAAAUUUUCCUUUCGUCAGCACAGUAGAUCUGACACGCGCCGUCAAGUCAUGUCCGGAAACCACUUGGUCGAAAACCCAAAAACAAUUCGAUUGAACAGCUCUGUUGUGGCCAUUUCAAAAUUUACGUUCAUCUAGUGUAUCUUGUAUUCCUGCUUGUCCCAAUGGGAGAGUGCAAAGUAAAAAAAGGAAUCUACCUAAA